AUGAUGCAAGGAUUUGAGUGGUAUGUUCCUGCAGAUCAGAAGCACUGGGUCCGUCUCGAGAAGCACAUUCCGCAACUCAAACACUGGGGAGUUGACAACAUAUGGGUUCCACCUGGGUAAGUGAAUUGCGCCCUUCUAGCGGCACCUCGACUGACAAAUGGUGUAGCUGCAAGGCCUCGUCAAAGGAAGGAAACGGAUAUGAUAUCUAUGACCUGCAUGUGCUCCUAUGUCUUGAUGCGCCGUGCCGCCUUCUGACAAGUAAGAUAGAUACGACUUGGGCGAAUUCGACCAGAAGGGUUCGGUAGCCACGAAAUGGGGAAGCAAGGAGGAACUGGUGAAACUGUGCGACACAGCCAAAAAGAAUGACGUGGGUAUUUAUUGGGAUGCAGUUCUGAACCACAGGUUCGCCGCCGAUCGCAAGGAGAAGUGUCAGGCGGUCGAGGUCGACGAAAACGACCGAAACAAGACCGUCAGUGAUCAGUAUGAGAUUGAGGCCUGGGUUGGCUUCACAUUUCCUGGCAGAGGUGAAAAGUAUAGCAAGCAGAAAUACCACUGGUACCACUUUGGUGGUGUCGACUACAAUGCAGCCAACGAGAAGACUGCAAUCUACAAGAUUGUAGGUGACAAGUCGACUGGCUGGGCUGACGUACCGGAUGUGGACGAUGAGAAGGGAAACUAGUACGUGGUGCAAAAGCUGAUGGAAUCUUCUUGUGCUAAUUGACUCAGCGACUUUCUAAUGGGCUCUGAUCUCGACUACGCUCACCCUGAAGUCGAAGCAGACGUGUUGGCAUGGGGCAAGUGGAUCGCUGAAACAAUUCCCCUCAAAGGCAUGAGGUUCGACGCCAUAAAGCACUAUAGUGAGGAGUUUCUGCGCAAGUUCAUCACUAAUAUGGACGAGUCCUUUGGCCGAAAUUGGUUCUUUGUCGGGGAGUUCUGGAAGGACAGUCUCGAUGACAUGAAGAACUAUCUCGAGCGGAUGGGAAGAAAGUUUACCCUCUUCGACGCACCUCUGGUCUACAACUUUAGCGAGAUUAGCCAGGGCGAUGGUGCUGACAUGCGGAAGGUUUUUGACGACACGCUGGUCCAGAGCAUGCCAAUCAACGCAGUUACGCUUGUGAUGAACCACGAUACGCAGCCCUACCAAGCCCUCGAGGUGCAAAUCGCCGACUGGUUCAAGCCUCUAGCUUACUCGCUGAUCCUACUACGAAACGAAGGCUACCCCUGCGUAUGGUACGGUGAUCUGUAUGGCAUCAAGGGCGAGCACCCGUUUCCACCAUCAUGUGGCGGGGCACUGCCCAAAUUAUUGCUUGCGCGCAAGCUCUACUCUUACGGGAAGCAGGCCGAUUACUUUGACUAUGCUACAUGCCUUGGCUGGGUUCGAUAUGGAACCCACGAUCGUCCGGCUGGUUGCGCAGUUGUCAUUAGCAACGCCGGCCCUGGCGAGAAGAGAAUGCAUGUCGGUGAGAUGCACGCAGGCGAGAAGUGGACUGAUGUCCUAGGCUGGAGCAACGAUGAAAUCAUCAUCGGUGAUGAUGGCUUCGCAACAUUCCCUUGCGGACAAUGUAGCGUGAGCGUAUGGGUCAAACAUGACGCCGAAGGAAGGGAACGCUUCGACGAGAAAUUGUAA